AUGCAGUACAUGAAGAAAUACUUUACAGAGGGACUCAUUCAAUUUACGAUUAUACUUAGUUUGAUAGGAGCUCGUGUGGAUGUCGAUUCUUACUUGAACGGCUACUUCUCACCGUUGAUAGAGACGGACGGUGGGCCGAGUUCUGCUUUCAUCCAGACUCCAUUUCACCAUUUGAGGGAUACCGCCGACGGUUACCCUGUGCAUCCAAAAUGCCCCGAACUGGACUACUAUUUCACAAGCCGCCGGCUGCUUAGUGAGGUGCGUGCUCUGGGUGCACCGACUCGUUUCCACACGCGGCUAAAUGCUUGGCUUGUGCAUUUGGUGCAAGAUGGAUCUGAGUUUAGAGAGUCCCAACAGGACAACGGGAGUGAGGAGGUGAACAGCUCUGCCGACGGGACCGACAGCAGUAACGACAGCGACGGCCGCUGCACACCUGUCCAACACGACGCUCAGCCACACACCGCCACCGGGCCUUGCAACACAACACGUGAACGUCCACUGGAGGCUGCGCCUGUAAACCCUUCUGUGGAAGAGAACGCAAUACAGCUGAAAGAUGAAGAUGAGGAAGAGGAGAUCAGCUCAGCUCAGCUGGCUCACACAAGCUCAGCUCAGCUGGCUCACAGCUCAACACUGCAGCAGGGCUUGUUGGGUGACAGUGCCAUGCCACCUCCUCUCCCAGGGUUUGAUCUCCAGUGGCAGGAUUUCCUGUCUUUGUCUGAGUUGGAUGAUUUAGACUCUCUUGUCCCAGGGGGUUUGUGUGAUCUUGAUGCGGACAUUUCCAGCCCUAUAAGCCAUGAUGUCAGCCUUCAGGAUGCCAUAGUGAGCAGGGGCGGAGACUACAUGCUUAGGGGCGGGGUCAGAAGUCUGCCGUCCCAGCGUGGCCCCAUGCUCAGUCUGGAGUCCACCACCUCCUCUCACACAGACCCACCUCCAGGCAGAGCUGGCCUCCAAACUUCACCUCUUCUCUCCCUGCCAGAGAGUGGGCCCCAUGAUGGGGGCAGGCAAGCCGGGGUGGGGGGGUUUUUGGACGAGGCAGUGUUUGAACAGAUUAACCUGCUGGACCUGGAUUGCCUGGGCUCUGUGGACUCACGGCUGCUGCAGGGUACAGACAGCGCUGCCAGUGCCUCUCUCCAGCUCGACGACUUUGACUCAGACUCCGGCCUGUCGCUGGAGAGCAGCUCCCGCAGUCCCGCCUCUGCAUCUGAUUCCUCAUCUUCUGAUUCGCUGUGUGAGGACGAGGGAGGGGCCACUGGCUAUAGCAGUGAAGUGGAGUCCCUCCCCUCUAAAGGCGGCCCUUAUGCGUCAGACUGCAGCUAUUUAUAUGUGGACUUGAACGAAAACAUCUUGCAUGACCACACCUACUCUACCUCGUUGCUUUCAAACCACUCUUCCUGCACGUUGGCUCCGCCCCUCAAAGCCAUCAAACAGGAAGUGCUGAGUGAGGAAGAGGAAGAUGGGUCCAGGGUGGAGUUGAGUCGGGAUGAGCGGCGUGUCCGGGCCCUUGGGCUGCCGUACUCAGCCUUCCAAAUCGUGCACAUGCCCGUCGAGGAUUUCCUCGAGCUUCUGGAGGGACAGGGCCUGUCGGGGUCAGAGGUCACGCUCCUGCGUGAUGUCCGCAGGCGCGGAAAGAACAAGCUGGCUGCACAGAACUGCCGCAAAAGGAAACUAGAUGCCAUCUUGGGUCUGCAGGCAGAGGUGGAGGCCCUGACGGCGCGGCGAGACGCCCUCCUGCGUGAGGGAGAGCACACAGCCAAGGCCCUGUCUGCCGCCACCCAGCGCCUGCACACGCUGUCCCGGGACGUGCUCGGGCGCAUGCGUGACCAGCGGGGACGUCCGCUGACACCGGAGCGAUAUUCCCUCUACUGCGGCGCCAACGGGAGAGUGGCAGUCCGGCCGCGGGCACGGACCGUCAGCGUCACGCAGACUGCAUCAGCAGGAGGAAAAGCAGACAAGAGGAAGAAGGACAAGAAACCCUGAGAGAGAGAAAAAGGGUUUAUGUGGGUUUUAAAUGGCUCUAUGGUCUGGUCUUACGGAAUAUUCCUCCUGGAGAGCAGGAAACAUGAUGUUUCCAUAUUUGUCCUGUUCUUACGAUCCUGAAAAUCUGAACGUUAGAGCUGGGUCAUGAGGUCACAGGACAGGAAGUAGCUAAAACACUGGACACAAUGUGUAUAUUCUGUGAAUGAAAAAAAUUUGGCGUGUCUGAAAAAGAAGAAAGAAAAGAGAGAAAGAAAACAGAAAAAUCCCUUUUUUUUAUGUUGUUUGUUAAAAUAAAGCUUCAAGUUCAGAAAAAUGGCCUAUUUACAGCAGCUGAAGUUCAGAGUUUGGUAGCUGGAUGACAGUGGUUAUGGCUCUGUCUUGACCAGAGCACACUCCCAAUCCAAGGCCUUUACGUGACCCUGGCCUUCCAGUAAAACAUCUUAAAACAUAACCAUAACCAUAACCUUCCAGUAAAGCAUCUUAAAACAUAACCAUAACCUUCCAGUAAAGCAUCUUAAAACAUAACCAUAACCUUCCAGUAAAGCAUCUUAAAGCAUAACCAUAACCUCUCAGCUCAGUCGCUGUGUUUUGCUGUUGUGGAAAUUCGUACAGUCGUACAGUAACAGGAAGUGCUUGGCUGAGAAUGUUUGGGUUUUGAAAAAGUAUCAGAGCAAAAGAGAACGCAGAGGCUGUGCCUAGAUCAGUACUGACACCGUGGAGUAGAGUGGUCCUCUCAGUAGCAUUUCCGGUCAAAAGUUUAUGGUAUAAAACACGAGGACAUGUUUGAAUUGGCUUGAAAUCAACUCUGUUAAUUGUGUUGUCCAGAAAAGUUACAAUUCCAUAUUGUGAUAGGAACCCAUGCUGUUACUUAUGCCAGUACAAUAUGGAACUUUCUCAGAGUUGUUCAGGAAACUGGAUCAUUCCCUAUCAGUCCCACAUGUCAUGAGUACACAUGCCAGAAAUAAAACUACUGAGAAGUCUAGAUCAGAUACCAGUGGGCCCACCUGCCAGCUUUCUAACUUUGAAUCUUUUUAGUGCUUUCUAGUACAUUUUGAAAACUGCCAAGCUAAUUACUCAGUUGUUCUCUACCUGUUUUAAUUGCUCAGUUGUUCUCUACCUGUUUUAAUUGCUCAGUUGUUCUCUACCUGUUUGGAAAUUGAUAAAACUUUUGUCGUCUUCUCCGUGUCUCCUGUGGAUUAGAUCAUCGGUAAUAUCACACAUCCCCUAUAAGCUGUUCUCCCCUGGAGCGCCUGGGCUUCCAUGUCACUUCACUCGUUGGGGUUUUGGGUAUCUGAAUCUUGUGUUUAAAGAAACUUUAUACAAAUGAGAUGUCUAAAUGAAAUCUUUCAAUGGCUUUCAUUCUUUUUUAAAAAAGACUGGUUUACUUACUUUUCCCAUGCAUCUCUCCAUUGUGUUUACACUGCAAAGAUUUCAAAUGAAGAACCAGCAAGAACAAAAAGAUCCUCAAUCUUUUGAAGCAGGAGAUGCUGUGGGGCUGGACUGGGCAUGUGUGGACCACAGAGGUGACUGGUUUGUGCUCUACCUCAGAAUUUGACCAGAGGGUCACUAAUGUGUCAGACAGUAAGAAAUUACUCUGAGAUUCCACACUCUUUUCACUUAUUCUCUGGCUUUGUUUUGCUUUGGCACUUUUCCUUGGGUUUUUUUCACCAUUUGGUAGCACUCAAGAUGGU